AUGGAUCCACCCAGGAAGAUUUCGAAUGGCAGCAGUGGGGUGCCGCCGCCGCAGCAUAUGCAAAUUGAUCGCCCCCCUUUGGCUGUCAGUGUUAAACCAAAAGUUCUUCCGGUACCAAGAACUGAAACGCCAAAGGUUGUGAAGGGAUCAACUGAAAGAACAAUUGAAGUUAGCAAGGAUAUAAAGAGACAAAAGAAAGACCUGAAACCAGAUGAAGUGGAAAAUUUAAAGGCUUGUCAGCUUGAAUUUGGGAGCUACUGCCUCUGGUCAACAGAACAUAAAGUAAUUAUGAAAGAUUCAGUAGUGAAAAGGCUAAAAGACCAACUAUUUGUGGCCCGCUCAUACUAUCCAAGUAUUGCCAAGCUUCAAGGACAGGAGGCACUUACUCAGGAAAUGAAGCAAAAUAUACAAGACCAUGAGAGGGUUCUCAGUGCAUCUGCUGUUGAUGCUGAUCUGCCAUCCUUUAUCAACAAGAAGAUAGAGCAGAUGGAGCAUACAAUAGCAAAAGCGAAAUCAUGCACUGUGGAAUGCCACAAUGUUGUCAGGAAGCUUCGGCAGAUACUUGAUAUGACCGAUGAUGAAGCUCAUUUUCAUAUGAAGCAGAGUGCAUUCCUCUACAAUCUUGGUUCUCAGACAUUGCCAAAAACUCACCACUGUUUCUCUAUGAGGUUGACAUUGGAAUAUUUCAAAUCCCCUUCAUUGGAUUCUGAUGUUUAUCCGGCUCGCAAGUUCAAUACCCCAAACCACAGGCACUAUGUUAUACUAUCUAAGAAUGUCCUUGCAGCUUCUGUUGUCAUCAACUCAACAGUUAUCAAUUCUAAGGAGCCAGCAAACAAUGUUUUUCAUAUCCUAACUGAUGCUCAAAACUUCUAUGGCAUGAAAUACUGGUUUGCCCGAAAUUCAUACAAAAAGGCACCUAUCCAUGUCGUAAACUAUGAAGAAAUGAUUUUAGAGAAGCUACCAAAGUUUAGUACGCGAGAGCUGUAUUUGUCUGAGGAGUUUCGUGUUCUCAUCAGGAGCACCGAGCGGCCCACUGAGCAGACAAGAAUAGAGUACUUGUCAUUGUUCAGCCAUUCACAUUUCUUUAUUCCUGAAAUAUUCAAGGAUCUAAAAAAGGUGGUUGUAUUGGAUGAUGAUGUGGUUGUUCAACGUGAUCUGUCUUUCUUGUGGAAACUUGAUAUGGGGGACAAGGUAAAUGGUGCUGUUGAAUUUUGUGGUGUAAGACUGGGUCAAGUGAGAAAUCUCCUGGGUAAGACAAAGUAUGAUCCUAAAUCAUGUGCAUGGAUGUCUGGGGUGAAUGUGAUCAAUUUGGAUAAAUGGAGGAAGCAUAAAAUAACAGAGAAUUACCUGCUGCUCCUUAAACAGGUCAAGAAAAAAGACGAGGUAUCUCUGAGAGAAGCUGCCUUUUCUUUAAGCCUGUUGUCUUUUCAAAAUCUCAUCUACCCCCUUGAUGGGAGGUCGACUCUGUCUGGACUUGGAUAUGAUUAUGGAAUCGAUCCGGAGGUUGCACAGAGCUCUGCAGCAUUGCACUACAAUGGCAAUAUGAAGCCUUGGCUCGAGUUAGGCAUACUGGACUACAAGAAGUACUGGAGGAGGUUUCUCACUCGAGAAGAUCGAUUCAUGGAUGAGUGCAAUGUAAAUCCGUAG